AUGGCAAUAGCAAUAUUGGAAAAAUUAAAUAUUAAGAAUGAUACUGAUGCAUUGAACGAUUGGACGGAAAGCCUUAAAAGUAAAUUCAAACGUGAACGUCGUUCGCUUCAACAAAUAUCCGAAGAAGUUUUAAAGAGGAAGCUGAAAUUUGGUAAUUCUGCUGGUCGUCCGGUCAAGCAAAAUGAUAAUGUAAUCGCAGCUCGUCGUGCAGUUCAAGUUGAGUUUUGGAAUAAAGCAGAUGUUAACGAUGAUCCUCAAGGUUUUGAUGAACAUAUUCAAUUUAUGAAGAACGAAUUGGCAAAGGAAAACUUUGAUUUGGAUAGUGUUAAAAUCGUCGAUGAGAUUCAAUAUUUAUGUCAUGUUGAUAUUGAAGCGAAUGUAAGAUCUAUGUUACCAAAAUUACUUACCAAUAUGCCCGAUAGUUUAGGCUUUGUUAAUGAUCUUCCAACUGUACGUUUGAUCAAGCUUUUAUCUCGAUGCUUUGCUGAUUCAUGGCAAUAUGUCUUGACAUACAAAGAACCGCCAUCGCCUCGUCCAACAAUACAAGUAACAACAGACAAAUACGUGAUUUAUUUAGAUUAUGAUGUUAUUACUGAAACAACAUCAAUAGACCAAGCUUUAUGCAUUAUCAUCUCUUUAUAUGUUAUAUUUGAAUUACAAUUUGGUACACAUAAUCGAAUUAUACACUUAUUAUACGGGAUACUAUUACAACAGCCAUCAGCAUUAACAAAACAAUUACGGCUUAUAUUAAAAGAUUGGAACUUCACAAUUGAUAAAAAAGAACGUAAACAAACAAAUGAAUUGGUUAAAAGUACAUCUAUCAAUAAUAAUACACAUACAGCUUCGGCCAAGGAUUUAACACGCUUAGAAGAAAAUGAACCUAGUAGUGCAUCUGAUGAAGAACCACAAGACGAUUCUACUAGAACAACCGAUAAAUUACAUCCAUUGAUUGACAAAAAAAAAGCAAUUGUCCCUGUCCGCAGUGGCCGAUGA